AUGAAACAGUUAACCGACGUGUACAAGGAUGAUUGCCUGAAAAAAACAACUGUCUACGAGUGGGCAAAGCGGUUCAGGGAAGGCAGGGAGUCGGUGGAGGACGAUUCACGUGAGGGAGCUCCCUCCACCUCUCGAACGGCACAAAACGUCGAUCGCCUGCGCGUGCGUGUGCUCGGAGACCGUCGGGUAAGCCUCAGAAUGUUGGGAGACGAGUUGGGUAUCAACAAGGAAACCAUUCGGCAGAUGCUACACGAGGAUUUAGGGAUGCGCAAGGUGUGCGCGAAAAUGGUUCCCAAAGUGCUCACAGUUGAGCAGAAAGAGCUUCGUUUAACCAUCUGUGAAGACAUGAUUUCUCGAAUUGAGGAGGAAUGA